GUUACUUUCAGAUCGAAUACGAACGACAUUUGGAGGAGUGGUUCGACAUGCCCCGGCGCAUGCGGAACGAAAGACCUCGCCGACAUCGCUGAGAAGGCGUGCGAGGGCCACGGCAGAUGCCUCCGCCCGGGCAUAGUCGGCAACGGCUACGACCACAGGGGCCGAGGCUACCUCCCCGUGCGGAGCUUGCGCGGGGCGGCGAGUACUGUGCUCGCCGCCCCACGCAAGCUCCGCACUGUGCUCACCCACGAUGGAGUUGCGCACGUUGGUUCAAGUGUUUCGGAUGUUGUCAGUAGCGAUCCUGCUUCGGAGGAGGAAAGCCACAGAGAAGGAAGUCGCAGAUGGCGUGCAGGCUUCGGCCGUGAUGCGGGCAAGCUCAUCCUCGCGUGGGAGUCUGUGAAGCCGACAGACUUUAAUGUCGGAGGUGACAUUACAAGUGGCACGGUUUCCGGCUUCAGCACGGGCGCUGCCGCCCAAUCCAUUGCUGAAAGCAUGGUGCCGCCGCACGGAAACAGCUUCGCUGGCUUCGCGAUCUUGGAUGAUGGCAAGUGGAAAUGGGGCACCUGCUCCUUGUGUUGGGAUGAAGGCGAUCACAAGCAUUUGCGAGAUGGCAGUCGGUGCCGUCGUUCCCACAGGGGAGCGGUGUACAGCUUGGGCUGCAGCGAUGCUGCGGCGAUAGUUGGGACGGUGGCCCGUUGGAUGUGGCGCCACAUCAAGUUGAUUCUGUGA